AUGAAGCCGUCUUGGUUGCAAUGUCGCAAUGUCACUGGAGCCAGGGGGCUCGGGGGGCCACUGCCCGGGUCCAUACCGGCCCGGGGAAACGUCCCAGCCCUCAGGGCUUUUGUGGCCCCCGGCCUGCGAGGCGGUCUCGGGGGCCGGGGCUGCAGGGCGCUGUCCUCAGGCGGAGGCUGCGAGUACAAGACCCAUUUCGCGGCCUCGGUGACGGAUCCAGAGAGGUUCUGGGGCAAAGCUGCCGAGGAGAUCACCUGGUACAAGCCCUGGACCAAAACGCUAGAGAACAAACACCUACCUUCCACCAGUUGGUUUGUGGAAGGAAUGCUUAACAUUUGUUACAAUGCCGUCGAUCGUCAUGUUGAAAAUGGUAAAGGAGAUAAGAUUGCUAUCAUCUAUGACAGUCCUGUUACAAAUACUAAAGCUACUAUUACCUAUAAAGAAGUCCUGGAGCAGGUCUCUAAGUUGGCUGGUGUUUUGGUCAAGCAUGGCAUCAAGAAGGGUGAUACUGUGGUUAUCUACAUGCCCAUGAUCCCGCAGGCCAUGUACACCAUGCUGGCAUGUGCAAGGAUAGGAGCCAUCCACAGUCUCAUAUUUGGGGGAUUUGCAUCCAAAGAACUACGUAAUCGCAUUGAUCAUGUAAAGCCCAAGCUGCUUGUAACAGCAUCAUUUGGCAUUGAACCUGGAAGGAAGGUAGAAUAUAUACCACUUAUAGAAGAAGCGCUGAGAAUAGGACAACACAAACCAAACAAAAUUCUCAUUUAUAAUCGUCCAAAUAUGGAGGCAGUUCCUUUGACUCCAGGUCGUGACCUUGACUGGGUUGAAGAGAUGGCAAAAGCACAAUCACAUGACUGUGUUCCUGUUCUUUCGGAACAUCCCCUGUAUAUUCUUUACACAUCUGGAACAACAGGGUUGCCCAAGGGUGUGGUUAGGCCCACUGGGGGAUAUGCUGUAAUGCUGAACUGGACAAUGUCUUCUAUAUAUGGACUUAAACCUGGAGAGGUAUGGUGGGCAGCUUCUGAUUUAGGCUGGGUUGUCGGACAUUCCUAUAUCUGUUAUGGACCUCUUCUACACGGGAACACAACAGUUUUAUAUGAGGGGAAGCCUGUGGGUACACCAGAUGCUGGUGCUUAUUUCCGUGUGCUGGCAGAACAUGGAGUGACUGCCUUGUUUACAGCGCCUACUGCCAUCAGAGCAAUCCGUCAACAGGACCCUGGGGCAGUCUUGGGGAAGCAGUACUCUCUGACAAGGUUCAAAACGUUAUUUGUAGCUGGCGAGCGCUGUGAUGUGGAGACCCUGGAAUGGUCCAAAGAGGUCUUCAGAGUGCCUGUCCUAGACCAUUGGUGGCAAACUGAGACUGGAUCCCCAAUCACAGCUUCAUGCAUUGGAUUAGGUAAUUCUAAAACACCUCCACCAGGGCAAGCAGGAAAAAGUGUUCCAGGAUACAAUGUUAUGAUUUUGGACGACAACAUGCAAAAACUGAAGGCUCGGUACUUAGGAAAUAUUGUGGUAAAGCUGCCAUUACCACCUGGGGCUUUUUCAGGACUCUGGAAGAAUCAGGAAGCAUUCAAACAUCUAUACUUCAAAAAAUUUCCCGGAUACUAUGACACCAUGGAUGCUGGUUACAUGGAUGAAGAAGGCUAUGUGUAUGUUAUGUCUCGAGUUGACGAUGUAAUAAAUGUUGCUGGUCAUAGGAUUUCUGCAGGUGCCAUUGAAGAGUCAAUCCUUUCCCAUGGUACUGUGGCAGACUGUGCUGUUGUUGGCAAGGAGGAUCCUUUGAAAGGUUCCGUCCCAUUAGCACUCUGCGUGUUGAAAAAAGAUAUAAAUACAACUGAGCAAAAAGUUUUGGAAGGAAUUGUGAAACACGUCAGAGACAGCAUUGGCCCCGUGGCUGCUUUUCGAAAUGCAGUGUUUGUCAAACAAUUACCCAAAACUCGAUCUGGCAAAAUUCCUCGGUCAGCUCUAUCUGCCCUUGUCAAUGGAAAGCCGUAUGAGGUAACUCCUAUGAUUGAGGACCCCAGCAUUUUCAGUCACAUAGAAGAUGUGCUGAAGCAGGCAUCCUGA